AUGAGCGCCGCCGGCAGCCCCCCCGGCCGCUCACUCAAGGUUGCAAUUUUCGAGCAGACAAGCUUUAGAAACCAAUAUAUUACCGGGAGGUUUUCAACCGCAUACCGUGCCACUAUUGGUGCGGACUUCAUUGCCAAACGACUGCCUCAUUACUCGAAGCCCGAGCAAGGGGUAGUUAUACAAAUAUGGGACACCGCUGGGCAGGAGAGGUUUUCAGGCUUAUCUAGCGCUUUCUUCAGGGGCGCAGAUGCUGCACUUUUCAUGUUCGACGCAACCCGACCUGACUCGGUAUCAGACCUCCGCCGGUGGUGGAACGAAUUCGCGGCCAAGCGUCCGGUGCUCGAGGGAUCCGAAGCUGAAUUUUGUGCGGUAUUUGUCGGGAACAAAGUGGACCUCCUUGCCGAUCAAGAACGGCGCGUCAAUGGGCCUUCAGACACUGAAGAUCGAGCUCACGAUUGGACGGAACCAAACGGAGGACACCCUCCUAUUGCCGACAAACUUGUCAACCAAUUUCUUCAGGAUCUGAUUCCCACAAAGUUCGACUUGAUCACCACACCAGCGUCCUCAAGACGACGUACUAUAGAUGUCGAUAAGCUAUCCCAGGGAAUUUCCCUGCCGCCCCCUGAAGAUGAUACCUCAGGACCCACACGAACACCUGGAAAACCGUAUUUGGAGCCUACAGACGCGGAGCAUGAACCCGAAUCACCUCCAAGAUCAUCAUCAAGAUCUAGAUCUAUAAGGAUACCUUCAAGUAGUUCACGACCUCCUUGGUUAAGAUCCAAGCCUCGCGGGCUUAACCGGGAGGGCAAUGGCACAGCAACUACAAACCAAACAAUCUUUCACACCCCAGCAACUUCCUUGUUUCGGACCACCAGCCCCACCAGCCCCAGUCGAAGCACAUCACCCGCCAAUAGCCAGCUACGCCAUGGAGGGUCAUCACUCUUGUCAAUGGAGACUGCUCGCUCACAUUUCUCUUCUUCAUCAACUCCCAUACAACCUCCGCCAUCUCGAAGCGUUUCCCAUUCCUCGUCUAUUGUAUCAGUAGUGACUAUCAAACCGGCCCAAAGACCAGGCAGUCCACCGGGAGAGGGAAUCCUUGAGUCCCCACAACUACCUGAGGCUGGCAAUAAUCUGUUAGAAAUUGGUCCGAAGCUGUUUUGGAGCAGCGCACGCACCGGAGAAGGGGUUGCCUCUGUUUUUGAGUAUGUGGCACAUAGAGUGAUACAGAGAUGGGAAUGGGAGGAAUCACAACUGGGCUUCGAGGAAGGAAUCGAAGAUGACGGUGGUCCAACCGCUCAAAGGCUAAGAGACGACUGGGGAAAAGGCAAACGGAGUUGGCGAGCAGCGUGUUGUUGA